GUCCACACUGAGCUGCUGGGCGAGGCCGCCGGACACACACUCCACUUCUGCUUCGGACCCAUCCAGACGUGACAUUUUCUUCUCAUGGAGGCUUCCAAGGAUCGCUUGGCCAACCUGGAGAACGCCAUGGUGACCACCAUCAGGGAGUUCCACAGAUACUCCGGGGACAAGUGCAAGUUGAAGAAGGCCGACCUCAGAGCGCUGGUCAAUAACGAGAUGAGACAUUUCAUCAAGAGCAUCCAGAAGCGUGAGAUGGACGAGCUGUUUGCUGACAUCGACCAAAAUGGCGACAUGGAGAUCGACUUCAAGGAGUUCAUCGCCUUCAUCGCCAUGGUUACUUCAGCAUGCCAUGAACUCUUCCUGCCAGCUCAUGGUGCCGGGUGCAGGCUCCAGAAGAGACCCAUCGGCUCACAGCCCAAGUACGAACCUCCCACAGAAUGAUCCCUGGCCACUGAGGGGGGCGCCGAGAGGAGAGGAGCAGAAGAAACACAUUCCAACUUUGACAUAUUCUUUCACAUCUUAAUUGUGAUCAAGCAGAAUAAAUAAUGAAUAAAA